AUAAUAAAAACAUAUGAUGCAAUAUUGUGAAGGCCACGUUUUAUAGCUAAGUGUUUUCUUGUCUUUUGAAGCAAUUUGCAUCUUUUGACAUCUAAUUAAAAAAAAAAUAACAAAGUAGGUACUAAAAUUUAUUUAGAAAAGGAAAUAAAUCGUUUCCUGAACAUUUCCUUACAAUGUGAGUCAUGAGACGUCAUUCCAUAAGGCCAUUCUUGGAAAUAUGCUUUACGUUUUUGUUCCGCAAUGUUAACAGUUUAAAUAGCGUUUCGAGCCGGCAGAUUUCACGAGGUUCGCAGUGUCUGUCAAGCAAAAUGGAUGAUACAAUUACUAGUAUUCAUGCUGCCCAUAUACAAGAAAUACAUGAUGUCCCUUUUAAUGCAUUAAUACGCCCAUUCCCAUCAGAAUUGGAAGAGGAAAAAGUUUUAAGUCUAAUGGAGACUCUUAAGAACCCUGAAACAAAAGAAAAUGUACCACCUGUUGAUGUACUAUGGGUGACAGGAAGAGAAGGUGGAGAUUAUUAUUAUUCAUUCGGAGGCUGCCAUCGAUAUGAAGCCCAUAAGAGACUUCAAAUGCCUACUAUUCGGUGUAAACUUGUCAAGUCAACUAUUGAAGACUUAAAAACUUAUCUUGGAGCCUCAACACCAGAUCUGAAAUAACUAGAAUUUGAAAAUAUUUUUAGUAUUUUUUAAUUGAUGCUACUGAAUGAGAUUUUUACAUGAAAUUAUAUUUUUUCAUUUCUGAUGUUUAGAGAUAUAUUAUAGAAUAUAUACAUAUUUGUAAUGCAUUCUUGCACACAUUAUUAGUUUUGUUAUUAGAAUUGUAAUAGCAUUAUACUUAACAUUUUAUAAUAAAAAAAAAAUGUUGCGCCAUA